CGGCGCCGAGCCCCUGGCUAGGGACUAGCUGGCGGGAGCCGGGGGGAGUGGCCGCGGCGGCCGGCGAGCCCGGGACGCCCGAGCCUGCCCCGAGCCUCGGCGGAGCGGAGCGGCCUCUGCGCUCCCGUGUCCCGCUCGGUCCCUGCCGCACCCCGCCGCCUCGGAGCCCGGCGGACGGCGGCUCCCGCGGCGGCCCCGGCAUGCCUCGGCGGCGCUCCGCUCCGGCGUCCUGGCUGCUCCUGUCGCUGCUCGGUGUUGCGGUGUCCCUGGAAGUGUCUGAGAGCCCUGGCAGUGUCCAGGUGGCUCGGGGCCAGACAGCCGUCCUGCCGUGCGCCUUCUCUACCAGUGCUGCUCUCAUUAACCUCAAUGUCAUUUGGAUGGUCAUUCCUCUCUCGAAUGCAAACCAGCCUGAACAGGUCAUUCUCUAUCAGGGUGGACAGAUGUUUGACGGUGCCCCCAGGUUCCAUGGGAGGGUUGGAUUUACAGGCACCAUGCCUGCCACCAAUGUCUCCAUCUUCAUCAACAACACUCAGCUGUCAGAUACGGGCACCUACCAGUGCUUGGUGAACAACCUUCCAGACAGAGGGGGCAGGAACAUUGGGGUCGCUGGCCUCACCGUGUUAGUUCCCCCUUCUGCUCCACACUGUCAAAUCCAAGGAUCCCAGGACAUCGGCAGCGACGUCAUCCUUCUGUGUAGUUCAGAGGAAGGCAUCCCUCGGCCCACUUACCUUUGGGAGAAGUUAGAUAAUACACUCAAGCUACCUCCAACGGCCACUCAGGACCAGGUCCAGGGAACAGUCACCAUCCGGAAUAUCAGUGCCCUGUCUUCGGGUCUGUACCAGUGUGUGGCUUCUAAUGCCAUCGGGACCAGCACCUGUCUCUUGGAUCUCCAGGUUAUCUCGCCCCAGCCCCGAAGCGUUGGAGUAAUAGCUGGAGCUGUUGGUACUGGUGUGGUUCUGGUCAUUAUUUGCAUUGCACUGAUUUCAGGGGCAUUCUUUUACUGGAGAAGCAAAAAUAAAGAGGAAGAGGAGGAAGAGAUUCCUAAUGAAAUCAGAGAGGAUGAUCUUCCACCUAAAUGCUCUUCUGCCAAAGCAUUUCACACAGAGAUAUCCUCCUCAGAAAAUAACACGUUGACCUCUUCCAAUACCUACACCAGUCGAUACUGGAACAACCAUCCCCAAACCCAUAGAAACACGGAGUCAUUCAACCACUUCAGUGACUUACGCCAGUCUUUCUCUGGCAAUGCGGUUAUCCCAUCCAUCUAUGCAAACGGGAACCAUCUGGUCUCUGGUCCACAUAAGACUCUGGUAGUGACAACCAACAGGGGCUCAUCACCCCAGGUCAUGCCCAGGAACAGUGGUUCAGUCAGCAGGAAACCUUGGCCUCAGCACACACACUCCUAUACUGUCAGCCAAGUGACCCUGGAGCGCAUUGGGGCAGUACCUGUCAUGGUGCCUGCCCAGAGUCGGGCAGGAUCCCUGGUGUAGGAUGUGUGAGGAUGCCUUGUCCAGAAGAGGAUAAAUGGAAUGCCUCCCGACAAGGGGGAGCGCAGGGGUGGGUGAGUGCUGGAAAGAUAGACUUUUGUUAUGAUUACAUUAGUAAAAAGCACCAAGAGGGCGGUGCUAUUGCCUGGCCACUGCAAUGUGUGAAGUGGCCUGGAAUAUUACGUCAUGAAGACUCAAGAAGAUUGUUUCCCCACCACAGCUGUCCUGGGAUUCAGUUUAAAAAAUGCUGUAUCUCAAAUGAUGUGCCAAGCCAAGGAGAUUUCUAGAAGCAGAAUAGCACUUACGACCCAAACCGUGGUCCAGGUGGACCUGUUCUUUAAUUCUUGCCUAACUUAAUAGUUUUCAACAGACUUUAAGUGCCAGGUGGAAUUUAAAUAAUGAAAUUACUUUUUAAAAUAGGUGUCUUUACAAAACAAACAAACAAACAAACAAACAAACAAACAAACAGAACAAGCUUGUGGCCUGUUCUGCCUCUCCCACCUCCCUUUAAUCGUGAGGGCUUAAUGGUACUAGUGAUGCAUUCCUACUGGGCUGGCUCUUUACCAUAGAGGCGAAAUUUUGUACGGAAUACAAUUUGGCUAGAAAUGGGGAAAAAUAAGGAAACUUCUUGUGAACACCCCACACACUUAUUUAUUUACCUCUUCCUGAACCAUGACUUCCUUCCAUAUCUGGGAUUUUGCUAUAUUGACAGAUUCUUGUCUGUGUUACUCUGGGAUCUCUUACAGGUCCAUGGCAAUUACUGUUCAUGAUUUCCUGAAAAGAAUAUUUUUUUAAAAGAAAACUUAUUUUUUUUUAAAUACUU